AUGGCUUCAACGGAUCAGCCAGCCGAUCACGGGUCUAGCGACACUGAGAAAUACCCCGGGGACUGCAGUCGCAGGAUAACAUGUCGGCCUUCGGUUGUACCCAACUAUAGCCUCACACUUCGCGCCUUGGCUGAAGCUAGUGAACCUCCCUCUCCCACUCCCUCUGGUUCACUGCCCUCUCCUCGCUCUUCCUCUAGUUCACCUCGCUCUCGUUCUCGCUCUCCCUCCAGCUCACAUCACUCUCAUUCUCAUCCCGGUUCACCUGUCUCUCCUUCUGCCCCCAGCUCAACUCUCUCUCCCGCUACCUCUGGUUCACCUUUCUCCCAGCCUGGCUCGCCUCUUUCUUCCUCUCCGCCAGGCUCACCUCUAUCCGAUGGCACAACCCCUCGAAACUCGGUGCAAGAGUCCCGAGACAUUUCAUUCACGAAACCACCAGAAUACGAUACCGAGCAUAAUGUAAGAGCUCAGGACAUCAAGGCCACUCACUGCUGGUGGUGGGAGGAUAUUGCGGUUGCCAUGUUCAGCAUCGUGUGUAUGAGCAUGGUGGCUGCGGUCUUGGUCUCUGCUCAUGAUACUUCGCUAGAGUCUUGGCCAGCUUCGAUACAACCAAACUCCAUCAUCGCCACACUUACAACAUUGAGCAAGGCGGCCAUGCUCGUACCCAUAACAAGCUGCUUGAGCCAGUUGAAGUGGAGGCACAUGAGCACUCAAUCACGACCGCUAUCACAUCUUCAAGUCUUUGACGACGCCAGUCGGGGUCCUUGGGGUUCGGCAGCAAUGAUGUGGAAGGUCCCAUUGCAGUCAAGACUUGGAUGGGCUCUUGCGCUCGUCACGGUUGUUGCGCUGGGGAUAGAGCCAAGUGCGCAGCAGAUCUUGGCCUUUCCAGUCCGGGAGAGGGUUUUGAAGAAUGUGACGGCAGAGAUUGGAAAGGCGGAUAUGUACUACUCCAAGAGCCUCUUUCAGCCCGGUGAGGGAGACGGGCAAAUCUUGGAUCGCAGCAUAGACCUUCCUCGCUUCCAAGCGUCUGUAAUCAGCGCUCUAGCAGGAGAUGUCUUUCAACCGUUCUUCAACUGCCCUUCACCAGCAACACGCUGCGAGUGGCCUGAUUUUAGCAGCCUCGGAAUCUGCAGUGCAGUGAGCAACGUCACUGAACAGACGAAGCGAAAGUGCGAGGAGGGAGACAAGGGUGUCAGCAAUUGCACUUACACCAUCCCUCUGACUCUAGAGUCACGCGAGGGAAGCAAAAACACGACAAUCUCGAUGAAGUACCAUGAGGAUACGGAACAUGGCGAUGGCAGCGAAAACUCUCAUGUCCUGCGAACGAGCUUUGUUCCUGGGGACAAGGACGUGGUGGGCCAGUUUGUGAUCGUGCGGCAUCGGAACGAUAGCUGGGGCGACGACUCAUCGGAGCCAAAAAGCCCAGAAGUAUUGGUGUCUGAUUUGAGAUGGUGCGAAAAGAUGUAUAUGGAGGUCUCUGCCAGUCCCUCGGGAUCCGACUCAGGGAGCGUUGACGACAAGCUCCUCCAGUUUGCGAGCAACGAAUUCGAGGGUGGUCGCUGGUUUCUCAAGUUCACGACUCCCGAUGGACAAGAGAACUAUACGAUCACACGAGACUUGGAAGAGUAUCUGCCGAUGUACUUGGGACAGGUACUCACUGUUGAGCUGGAGCAGCAGAUGGCGCACGGCGUCGCAUCACGGCUAGAUCUGUCAAGAGCUCUCAAGACCCCAGGCUUCUUGUCUACCGAAACAGACGUGGAGAAGUUGAUGAACAACCUCGCCGACACACUCACGAACCAACUCCGCACUGACGACAAUGGCGACAACAGAAACGCUACCACAGUGAACGGCACCACCUUCCUCAACGAACCCGUCAUCAUGGUGCGUUGGGAAUGGUUCAUCCUCCCCCUCAUGGAAGUAUUCUUCACAGUCGUUUUACUCUUCUGGGUCAUUGUCAUCAACAAAGACGGGCCCCUGCUCAAGACUUCAAUCAUGGCGUAUCUGAUAUAUCCUCUGAGAGGAUGGAGAGAAGAUGAGAUGAGCGUCGCUGGCCGGCAAACGAAGGAGAAGCUGGGUAGAUUGGCGGAGGUAAUGCGUGGAAGGAUGGGUGAGAGCGGUGGAGGAUACGCUAUUUUCAAGCAGGACUAA